AUGAGUAGAGGUAAGUGAUCUCAAAAAAAGUUGGAUAACUCUUCGAAUUUAGGUGGUGUUGGCAAUGAAAAAUGCGUGUUUUGUGGCUGGAAUCGUCGAAAUGCAUAUCAGUCCGUCAGAUUCUUCUGCAUUCCCAAGGAACCUGGACUGAAGCGGGUCAGGUGGCUGCAAGUCUUUGGUGAUCGUGAAAUCAGUUUGAAGGACAGGGUAAGUGCUCUUCUAUUACUUUAUUCUCCCUUUUUAGAGCGUCAAUUGGGUUUUUAAUAAUUAUUUUUAGGUAUGCAGUGUGCAUUUCCGUCAGGGUAGGCCGUCUUCAGAUCCCAGUCAUGAAGAUUUUGUUCCCCAUCUUUACUUGAACAACGAGCCGCCUCCAGAAGUGCUUGAUUAUCUUGAAUCUCUCGCUGAUACGAAUACCAAGCUUGAAAAAAUUGCUGGAUCUCUGAACAGUUCCACGAAAUCUCCUUUCCUGAAUGUAGAAAGCCCUCAUAACACGGGAUUGAUGAAGUUGGGACCAAGGACAGCGAAGCCAUCGAUUCUGAAACGAAAACGAAGACCAAAGAGUGAGACGUUUACAGAGGAUGAAGAUGUGGAGGUAAAUGUAACUACCGACGCAAUUCCCGAUUCAAACACAGGCGAGACAGUUAGUGGAGAUCAGAGUUUCACCGAUCGGCCGCCUCAGUUGGACAACCCGGUCCCUGAAAGUGCCGCGCAACGCGAGGAAUCUUCAAAAUCAGCUCAACCUGCAACAGAAGAUAGGCCUGGUCUUAAAUUCACAGCCAUUCAACAACAUAUUGUGGAUACCGUCGGGAUUAAACCUGGGCAGACAGUAAUCAUCAGAAGGCGAAUCAAGAAGCCGAAACAACUUUUGAUCGAACCUAAUGCUACCAAAACAAUAUAA